AUGGAGGUGUGUGGGGAUGCGGCGCCUGUGGCGCCUGCGGCACCCGCAGCCUCCACAGGGUCGGCAGCACGGUGGAAGGCUGACAGGCUUUCAGCUUUCUCCGCGCCCUGGCGGAUCGAGCUUUUCGAUUUGUCCGACGGCAACCUUUGCGGCACUUUCGUGCGCGAGGCGCUGGCAAUUGAAGGGCGACCAUCGUACAAGUCGGACAGUGGCCGACGGAUACGCUGGAAGCGGUUCAAGUCGCUAAAGUCAGGCUGCUGGCAGAUGCUGUCCGCGAAAGGCAGGCUUGACGCUUUCGCGGAAACGGAUGCAUUGACGCCCGUCGAGGACUUGCAGUGGAAGAACAAGGACAAGCAGGUCUUAUCUUCCCUGCACUGCUAUGCGGCGCCGGCACAGCGUUUGCGCUACCAGGCCACCCGCAAUGCCGACGCCGCCUCCGGGCUUUAUCAGCUCUGUCGCCACCGUGGCAACUGGCGACCUGUGUAUAGGAAAGUGGUGGACGCAGAGUUUCAAGACGAGGAGGAGACCAAAGCUGUGGACCUCUUUGAGUUGUCUUACGUACCGCCUUCGAGAAAAGGCAGGAAGCAAGCGGGACGCUGGGAGAUCCGGGCGCCGGGCGCGGAAUCACCCCUGGAGAGCAUCGCGGGUGAUGCCAUCUUGCCGCAGGACCUCGGCAAUAGCUUCGCGGUCGUCGACACACGGACACGCGAUCCCCAGCGGCUCACUCAUCAGCCUUUGGCACAGCUCGUCUCGGACAUCGUGGACGAUUUCGAGCAGGACCAGCAAGACCAGCCGUCGCAAGGUGGGGUGGAUAACAUCCAGGACAUGCGGGCCAUUACCAGCGUCAUCCGUUGGUGGCACGUUUCGCGCUUCAACUGGGUCGUAGCAGUGCGUGAUGUGAACGGCUGCUCGCAACUGCUAAGGGAGCCAAGCCAGAUCGACUUAGAUUCCGCGAUGCUCACUGACUGCCAUUGCGACUUCUGCGGGCGGCAAAGGCACCUCUUCUGCCUUCGUGCCUUUCGGAAGAUCGGUGCCUGCCCCACGCGCUGUGAGCGCUGCGCGGCCAUGGGCAUCAGCGAGGCCUUGGAUCAAACUGCUGUUGACCAGCGCCAGAUGAUGCACGAAAUUUUCUGGUCAUGCCAGAAAUGCGUGAAGUAUCUCUUUGGUGAGAAGGCCGCUCGCUUGAAAGAGAAGGCGCACGCCAAGAAGCGCGUGAGCAGAGGUGGCGAUGCAAAGGAGCUCAUGGCCAAAACCGCCGGAGAGGAGGACGUGCGGGCUCUACGGAAGCACAGGGCCGUCCUCCAGCUCGAUGCUAGGAAGACGGAAGCUGCCCCGGAGCCAUCACAAGACAAGGCGCCCGAGUCAGACGAGGAGGAAGAGGACCGGGAUGCCCCAUCAUGUGACUGCGGGAUGCCGGCAGUGCGAAAGACCGUGGCGAGUUCCGGCCCAAAUGCCGGGAAGGAGUACUACAGGUGCUGCAUCUUCCCGGAGGCCGAACACUGCGACUUCUUCGUUUGGGCGGGGACUCCGGGAGCGCCCCGGUGUCGGUGCCUGCAACCUCAGGCGGCGAUCCAGCUGGAGGUGAAGAAAGAAGGGCCUACAAAGGGCAAGCGCUUCUUCAAGUGCCCGAAGCCGCGGGACCAGCAGUGCAACUUCUUCCAGUGGCUGGACCAGGUGCCUGGCCAGAUGGCCGGGCAGGCGGCCACGGGGCGCCUCUGCAUGUGCGGGCAGACGGCCAUGAAGCAUCAAGUGAUGAAGGAGGGCCCGAACAAAGGAAGGUACUUCUUGAAGUGCCCUUCGGGCAGCUGCCUUCGCUUUUUCGAGUGGCUGGACGAGCCUCCCAGGUCCUGGCCAAAGCGCCCAAACCCCUCCUGGACGCGUCGAGCCUCGAGGUAA